GCCGUGCCGUGCACCACGCACCAUGCACCAUGCCACACACCAUGCUGUGCACCACACCACGCACUAUGACACCUGCUGUGCCAUGCCGUGCACCAUGCUGUGCACUGCACCAUGCACUGUGCCAUGCAGCAGACCAUGCCAAGCCCUGUGCCGUGCCCCAUGCCAUGCCCUGUGCCCCACGCUGUGUGUUAUGCCAUGCACCCUGCCAUGCCCUGUGCCCCACACCAUGCCCUGUACCAUGCUCCACGCCAUGCCCCGUGCCCCAUACCAUGCGUUCUGCCAUGCCCCAUGCCAUGCCCCCUGCCCCAUGCCCUGCAUUUUGCCAUGCCCCACGCUGUGCCCUGUGCCCCACACUGUGCCCCAUGCCCCACGCUGUGUGUUGUGCCAUGCCCCACGCCAUGCCUUGUGCCCCACGCCAUGCCCCAUGCCCAACGCUGUGUCCUGUGCCCCUUGCCAUGCAUUGUGCCAUGCCCCACGCCGUGCCCCACACCAGCCCCAUGCAGGAAGCGUGAUGCGCAAGGCUGCCUUGUACCGUCACCGCUUCCUCCCCGCUGCUGUGCCUGCCGAUGGCAGCGAUAACCGCUACCGCCUUCCCCCCUGCACCCCACACCGGCAUCGCCACCCGCCAUGGGGCCCCGGCGCUGGGUGCUCUGCGCCGCGCAGGGAGGUGAGUGACCCCAGCACCCUGGACCAGCACCCACAUGGCACCAGGGUGACACCAUCCUGGAUGGGUGCUGAGCUUUGCAGCACUGGAGGCAGGGCAUCAGGAUAAAUCCCUGCGCCCUCGCACCCCUGAGCGCCCACCUGCAGCACCCACAGCUUGGCUGCAACUGGGGGCUAUGGGUAGGGAGAGGUGCAGGAUUGGGCACCCAGAACCAGGCACCUGGCUGCUUCCUCCAGCUUUGACUGAUGUUUCCCCAGGGGGGAGGGGAGACUCCGCUGUGGAUGAGCGGAGCACCCGAGGUGCCGGGAGAAGCAGCGAGAGCGAAACCUCCCCCACCCUGCAGUUCAGCAAUGUCAAGGGGUUAUUGUGGAAGAGGCUCCGGGAGCGGAAAGGUCGUGGUGGCUCCAAAGCUGAGACUCCAGCAGCAAUGGUCCCCAACGGCGAAAGGGUGCCCAGCAGGAGUGGCUCACGGGAAUCGCUGCUGCCAGCACCCAGCGCCGCUGAGCUGGACCUCACCGGGGACAACGUCAUCGUCCGGCCCGUGCACGGCAGCAUCGUGGGAGAGAAGUUUUGCUUUCAGAUCAUCACAGGCGAGGGCAGCCGGUCCUUUGGGUGCACAUCCCUGGCUGAGCGCGACCGCUGGAUCGAGAACCUGCGCCGGACUGUGCAGCCCAACAAGGACAACUGCGAGCGGCUGGAGCUGGCACUGAGCCUGUGGGUGUACGAAGCACGGGACCUGCCACCUCGGCGGCGGCUCCGUUGUCACCUCCACCUGGAUGGCACCCUCUUUGCCCGUACCACCGCCAAGGUGGCCGGUCCCGAUGGUGAGCUCUUUUGGGGUGAACUCUUCCAGUUGGCCGCCCUACCACCCACCCGUGCCCUCACCCUCGCCCUUUGCCGUGAUGACCAACCUGGACAACCGGUGGCCUCCAUCACCGUCCCCUUGGCCGAGCUGGCAGCCACCCGGCAGCCCUUGGAGCGCUGGUACCCGCUGAGUGGUCCUGGGGGAGGUGAGCGGGUGCCGUCGGUGAGGGUGCGUGGGCGCUACCGGGAGGUGCGGGUGCUGCCCAUCGUGCGCUACAAGGAGUUGGCUGAGUUCAUCACCUUCCACUACCGGGAGCUGUGUGCCCACCUGGAGCCCACCAUCGCUGUCCGGCACAAGGAGGAGCUGGCUGGUGCCCUGGUCCACGUCUUGCAGAGCACUGGGAAGGCCAAGUCGUUCCUCAUUGACCUUGGCGUAGCUGAGCUGGACCGCUUUGACGACCGCGAGGCACUGAUCUUCCGCGAGAACACGCUGGCCACCAAGGCCAUUGACGAGUACAUGAAGCUGGUGGGGGGCAAGUACCUCCAGGACACGCUGGGUGAGAUUGUGGCCCAGCUCUGCACCUCGGAUGACAGCUGCGAGGUGGAUCCCAGCAAAUGCGCCAGCCUGGACCUCUCCGACAACCAGAACAACCUGCGGCAGGUCUGCGAGGAGACCCUCCAGCGAAUCGCCACCUCCUGCGAGACCUUCCCGGCGGAGCUGGGUGAGAUCUUCUCAGCGUGGCAGGAUGAGUGCACGGCGCGGGGCAAAGCACCCAUCGGGCAGCGCCUGGUCUCGGCGUCCCUCUUCCUGCGCUUCCUCUGCCCGGCCAUCAUGUCCCCGAGCCUCUUCGGCCUCGUCCAGGAGUACCCGAGCGAAGCCACCACCCGCACCCUCACCCUGGUGGCCAAGGUCAUCCAGAACCUGGCCAACUUCACCACGUUUGGAGAGAAAGAGGCCUACAUGGGCUUCAUGAACGAGUUCCUGGAGCACAACUGCAGCACCAUGACAGAAUUCCUGCAGAGCGUGGCCAACCCCGAGAGCAGCGUCCACAUGGCCACCUACGAUGGCUACGUGGACCUGGCUCUGGAGCUCGCCACCCUCCACCUGCUGCUCUGUGACAUCUUCUCCAGCCUGGACCAGGCCACGCAGGAGGAGCUGGAGCCCCUGCCCACCAUCCUCACUGCCAUCAGGGAGGGGACCCCUGUCCCUGUCUCCGUCCGUCUCAGCUCCACCACGGAGCAAAGCAAGGCAGAAAGCUUCAAACCAGGCUUCGUGCCACCACGGGACCUGAGCAAGCACAGUCCCCUCAUCAAGAGCCAGUCCCUCACCAGCAUCCGCCGUGGCCGGAGCCGGGAGGAUGGCCCAGACCCAGAGCCAUCACCGGCACUGGUCCCAUCACCGCCACCCAACCGGGAACGCCGCAACGUGCAGCGCACCCAGAGUGUGCCGGCACAGAUCAAAGCCACCCGGCGCCUGCGCAAGCAGAGCAGCGCUGAGCAGGUGGCUGAGCCACCCGCCAAUGACACCCCGGGGUCCCUCGUGCCAUGCGAUGCCGCGGGUCACGGGAAGUUGCGCUCAUCGGUGUCGCUACCACGCAAAUCAACGGUGCCGUGGCAGCGCUACGCGGAGGAGGCGGCAGCGGCGGCGCAGGGCGAGCUCUAUGCCGUGCGCCCGCUGGAGAAGCACGGGCGGUUGAUCGAGGUGCUGCGGCAGGAGGUGGCGGAGAACCGGGAGAAGUUGCGGCUGGCGGAGAGGCAGGUGGGCGAGAUGGAGGGGCACCAGCGGGGGCUGCGGCACGAGCAGGGGCAGCACCGGGAGCAGCUCGAGCGUCUGCGGCAGCAGCUGGAGGAGGCCAACGCCCGUGCGGCCAAUUUGGGUGCCAGGCUGACGGCUGCUGAAGGCACUAGGAAGAAGGACCUGGAGAGGCUGAAGACCAGCGAGGAGAAGAGCCAGGAGCUGGAGAGGCGGCUGGCGGUGCUGGAGAGGGACCAGGCGGAGCUGCGGGGUGCCGUCGCCCACGUCCUGGGCACCCCCGGCAGGACGGGACGCUGGGUGCUGACGCGAGGUUGGGACGAAAGCGGUGAUGAUGCUCAAGCCACCAGCGUGUAACUGGCCAUCCCGAUGUCCCCAACAUCAUCUCCUGUGGUUCCUGCAGGUUUGGUCCCCGUCCUGCAGGGUGUCCCAAGCAAUAAACAGCGUUACAAGGUG